AUGUUGAAAUGCAUGCCAGAAGUAAUGGGCCAAUCUUCAAGUGGAAUCGACAAAAAUAGCCUUAAAGCAUCUCCAGGUUAUAUCAUUACUGUCAUUCUACGUCUAAGGCAUAAGGACAGUCUAUUACUGAAGCUUUCAACUCCACAUUAUUUACAGAGGAAUUCCAAACUGUCUUUGGGUUGGCAUUGGCUUAAGCGGACGCACUGGCGAGCUGUCGACCAGGGGUCUUGGGAGACGUCUCUUGCCCCCCCCCAGGAGGACGAAGUCCUCAUCUGUGAGGAGAGCCGGCUGCCAUUACGGACAGCCAGCCCUUCGUUUUACUUUCUGUUUUGUCUCCGUGGCCGUGCUGGAACAUUUGUCUGUGUUAUUGUGUCCUUGUUAAUCCUCAUAACUGUUUGUGUCUUGGUCAAGGCCGUAAUCUUCAAGGACAAACCAGACGGCCACCCUGACCAGGUGCCCUACAUCCUGGUCUGGCAGGACAUGAUUAAAAACCCCCCUUCUUGGCUAAAACCAUUCUUACCCCCCAAAGCAGGACCUACCAAGAUUCUAGUCCUGUGGAAAGCCGAGAAGGAGACUGAAACAAAGGCCAAAACGCCCCUUUAUCUGGUCUUGCAAGAUUCUUCUCCGGAGGACCUGAUUCAUCUGCUGCCCUACCAGGCUCCCCCUCCCCCUUCCGCCCCUCCAUUGGAAGCACCAGGGGCUGAAGGAGUGGCACCACCCCUCCCUGAUGAAGGAAUUCCUGUGCGUGGGCCAGCAGCAGGGACACGUGGACAGACCCACCAGGCAGCCCCACCCUCAAAUAUGGGGCCAGCCAAUUCCACUGCCCUUCCGCUCCACGCCAUGGGGCCAGACUCCGAUGAGUCUGGAGAACAACCAAUGUUAUAUUGGCCGUUCUCCACCAGUGAUUUAUAUAAUUGGAGAACUCAAAAUGCAAAAUUCUCCAAUAACCCUAAAGAUUUAAUUGGGCUUUUAGAUACUGUUCUCUUUACCCACCAGCCUACUUGGGAUGACUGUCAGCAGCUCUUGCAGGUUCUCUUCACCACCGAAGAGAGAGAACAAAUACAGGUGGAAGCUCGGAAGUCUGUCCAGGGAGAGGAUAGACAGCCGACUCAAAACCCAGACCUCAUAAGCGCUGCCUUCCCCUUAUCCCGCCCUACCUGGGACUACAACUCGGCUGAAGGUAAGGAGAGACUCCGGGUCUACCGCCAGACGCUAAUGGCAGGUCUCAAGGCUGCUGCGUGCAAGCCUACUAAUCUGGCCAAGGUAUAUGAUGUAAGACAAGGUAAGGAUGAGAGUCCAGCAGCCUUCUUAGUCACAGAGGCUUUUAGGCAGUACACCCCUAUGAACCCAGAAGCCCCAGAAACAAAAGCCGCAAUUAUCAUGGCUUUUGUUAAUCAGGCUGCUCCAGACAUCAAAAGGAAAUUACAAAGAGUGGAGAGGCUAGGAGAGAAGAGCCUGCAGGACUUAAUAAUAGUAGCAGAAAGAGUUUACAAUAAUAGAGAAAGCCCGGAGGAGCAACAGACUAAACUAAGAGAUGGGCAGACCCGAAAUUUGGCUAAGAUCCCACUGGCUACAACCAUGGAUGACCCACAGGAAAAAUGGAGGCACCUCAAGAAGCUGACUUCAGGGACAGGUAAGGAGGAUGGCCCUGGUCCCUGAUGGGAGCACCCUAAACUAAACAAAAACCAAUGUGCUUAUUGCAAGAAAGAAGGCCACUGGGUGAAAGACUGCCCUAACAAAAUAUCUAAGGCCCCUGCCAAGAUAUUGGAGAUGGAGGACCUGGACGACUAGGGGAGUUGGGGUUCGGUACCCCUCCCCAAGCCCAGGGUAACUCUCAGAGUGGAGGAGCAACCAGUUGAAUUUCUAGUGGACACUGUGGCACAACAUUCGGUCUUAUUACAACCCCAGGGGAAAUUGGCGAGCAAGACCUCAUGGGUUCAAGGGGCCACGGGGACCAAACAGUACUCAUGGACUACCCGAAGAACUGUGGACUUCAGCAUGGGCCGGGUAUCCCACUCCUUCAUGGUCAUCCCUGAAUGUCCCUACCCGUUGUUAGGUCGGGACUUGCUCACCAAGAUGGGGGCACAAAUUUGCUUCCACCCCAGAGGGGCAAAAAUCCUAGACAAAGAAGGCCAACCGAUUCAGGUGCUUGUCCUGAGUUUGGAAGAUGAAUAUCGUCUCCACCAGAUGCCCCCAGUCCCAAUGACUGACAUUGACUGUUGGCUACAGGAAUUUCCUCAGGCAUGGGCAGAAACUAGGGGAAUUGAGCUGGCCCAACACCGACUGGCUAUAUACAUAGAACUAAAACUGGGGGCAGACCCUGUCAGGGUCCGCCAAUACCCCAUGCCUCUCGCGGAGUGA